AGGACUCCUGAAGUUUGAUGAUCGCCCUGAAAAUGAUUGGGCAUGGAAAGCAUCCUUUCUCAAUGCGACCAGAGACUUGAAUUUAUCCGCCAGGGAAGAGUUAGAUCUAAUUACCAAGUGGCUAGGGGGGCAGAGUCGUCUGAGCAGGCAAACAGAAUUAGAUCUGUCCAUAUUUUCAACGCAACAGCAGGCCUUAACAUGGUCUGGCAACGACUAGAAGAGUGCUAUGGUACACCCGAAGUGAUCGAGAAUGCACUGUUGAAGAAAAUGGAUGAUUUUCCAAAACUGGCUAAUGAAGACAAUCACAAACUAAGAGAACUAGGUGACAUUCUUCUCGAACUGGAGUGUGCUAAAGUAGAAGGGUACCUUCCAGGCCUCGCUUAUCUGGACACAUCUCGGGGGGUAAACCAUAUUGUCGAGAAACUUCCAUUCGGUUUACAAGAAAAAUGGAUAGCACAGGGAUCCAAAUAUAAGGAGGACUAUCGGGUAGCAUUCCCACCAUUCUCGUUCUUCUCGAGAUUCAUCAGGAACCAGGUUGAAAACUAGAAAUGACCCCAGUUUCACCCUCUACACCUCAACUAACCAGGUGUCUAUGAAAAGUGAGAAACCUGCCAGGUACAGCAGCAAGACACCUGUGACUGUAUACAAAACAGAUGCGUCAUCUGAGGCCUCAGACCACCAAACCAAAACCCAGUAAGACAAAGGUUGAAAACCCUGACCAUCACUGCCCAAUACAUAACAAGCCUCAUCCUCUUAAAAAGUGUUGUGGGUUUAGACUGAAAACACUAGAUGAGCGCAAAUCAUAUCUCAAAGACAAUGGCAUUUGUUUCCGAUGUUGUGGGUCAACUCAGCACAGAGCUAAAGACUGUAAGGUGUCAAUCAAGUGCUCUGAGUGUGACAGCGACAGACAUCUUGCUGCUCUGCAUCCAGGCCCAGCCCCUUCAAAUACAGCCACCGCUAUAGCAGAGACAGAGCAUGGGGGGGAGCAAGGUGACGAUGCUCUUCUAUCUGUCACCUCAAAGUGUACCGAGAUCUGUGGUGAGGCAGUCAAUCCAAGAUCAUGUUCAAAAAUAUGCCUAGUCAAAGCUUAUCCGGCUGAGAAAAGAGAGAAAGCUGUCAAAAUGUAUGUGGUGCUUGAUGAACAGAGUAACAUAUCUCUGGCCAAGACAGAGAUUUUCAAUCUCUUCAACAUCAAUGACAACUCUGCUCCAUACACCAUGAAGACCUGUUCUGGGGUAACAGAGACUUCAGGCAGGAGAGCCGUCAACUUCAUGGUGGAGUCUAUAGAUGGACACAUGCAGCUCACUCUCCCUACUCUGAUAGAGUGUGAUAUGAUGCCAGACGAUAGGAUGGAGAGUCCCUCCCCCGACAUUGCGUAUCAUCAUCCCCAUCUGCAACCAGUUAUGGACAAAAUUCCAGCUGCGGACCCAGACGCUCCCAUCCUCCUGCUCUUAGGACGAGACAUCUUAAGGGUACACAAGGUACGAGGGCAAAUCAAUGGGCCCCACGACACUCCUUAUGCACAGUGACUCGACCUCGGGUGGGUCAUCGUGGGUGAAGUCUGUCUGGGAACGGCUCACCGACCAGCCAAUGUUAACGUGUUCAGGACAAACAUACUUCAAAAUGGUCACACAUCCAAUCUGAGCCCUUGCCCUGACAUCAUCCAGGUAAAAGAGAACGACAACAGCGUAGCUCAGAAACACAUCUCUCCCUCUACAGUGCACUCGAGAGAUCCAAGCACAACUGUGAACACAGACAGCCUGGAAUGUUCCGUGUUCGACAGAACACAAGAUGAUGAUAAACCAGCACCAUCAGUGGAGGACAAAGCCUUCUUGGACAUUAUGGACAAACAGGUGUUCCAGGAUGAUGGAAACAACUGGGUGGCUCCACUACCCUUUCGCCCUGCUAGAUGUCGCCUUCCCAAUAACAGGGAGCAGGCCAUGAACCGUCUCACAUCACUUCGCAGGACUUUAGACAAAAAGCCUGACAUGAAGCGUCAUUUGAUUGACUUCGUGCAAAAGAUGUCGGAUAACGACCAAGCCGAACCUUCACCGCCACUAGAGGGAGACAAAGAACGUUGAUAUCUGCCCAUAUUUGGUGUUUACCAUCCACAAAAGCCUGAACAAAUAAGAGUAGUAUUUGACUCCAGUGCUAAGUGUCAAGGCGUGUCACUUAAUGAUGUUCUGCUCAGUGGUCCAUAAUUAAACAACACACUCUUGGGUGUCCUGAUGCGUUUCCGCAAGGAUUGCAUUGCACUAACGGCAGAUGUGCAACAAAUGUUUUACUGUUUUUGAAGACAACAACCCAGAUAGAAACAUAACUGAGUACAGGAUGAAAGUCCAUGUAUUUGGGAACAGCCCUUCACCAGCCGCAGCUAUCUACUGCAUGAGACUAGCAGCGCUACAGGGUGAGAAGGAACACGGGUCAGAACCCAAGCAAUAUGUAGUGGGGAACUUCUACGUCGAUGAUGGGCUGACAUCAGUAGCUACUACAGAAGAACCUAUCAACAUACUAAGAAAAACACAAGCAAUGUUGGCAGAGUCCAACAUGAAACUACACAAGAUUGCAUCCAAUAGCAAAACAGUUAUGGAAGCCUUCCCUAUGGAGGAUCGUGCAAAAGAUAUAAAAGAUCUGGAUCUAGGAGUGGAUCCUCUUUCAACGGAGUCUGGGACUUUCCUGGAACCUGGAAACAGACAGCUUCUCAUUCCAGGUGUCCCUGGAAAAGAAAGCCCUGUAAAAGAAGCCUUUUACGUGGAGAAGCAUCCUCUCCACAGUGAAUAGUCUUUAUGACCCCCUUGGGUUCGUGGCUACAAUAACAAUGCAAGGUAAAGCCUUAAUCAGAAAACUUUUCUUUUUUAAUACUUUUACCCCUUUUUCUCCCCAAUUUCGUGGUAUCCAAUUGUUUUUAGUAGCUACUAUCUUGUCUCUUCGCUACAACUCCCGUACGGGCUCGGGAGAGACGAAGGUUGAAAGUUAUGCGUGCUCCGAUACACAACCCAACCAAGCCGCACUGCUUCUUAACACAGCGCGCAUCCAACCCGGAAGCCAGCCGCACCAAUGUGUUGGAGGAAACACUGUGCACCUGGCAACCUUGGUUAGCGUGCACUGCGCCCGGCCCGCCACAGGAGUCGCUGGUGCGCAAUGAGACAAGGAUAUCCCUACCGGGCAAGCCCUCCCUAACCCGGACGACGCUAGGCCAAAUUGUGCGUCACCCCACGGACCACCCGGUCGCGGUCAGUUACGACAGAGCCUGGGCGCGAACCCAGGGUCUCUGGUAGUACAGCGCCCUUAACCACUGCGUCACCCGGGAGGCCCAGAGAACUCUCUUCUGAUCAGAGUGAGUGGGAUGCCCCUCUUCCCACAGAAAAAGAAGAGAAAUGGAAAAUGUGGAAGCAAUCUUUGAUGGAGUUGGAACAUAUGUAUAUUCAGCGGACCUACAUCCCAGUUUCCUUGUCUACCACUCAAAGAGAGCUACACAUCUUCUCAGAUGCCUCUACGAUAGCCAUAGGAGCGGUAGCCUACCUGAGAGUUAUUGACUCGGAAGGUCAAUGCCAUGUUGGAUCUGUCAUGGGGAAAUCAAAAUUGGCCCCUCGUCCGGCACACACUAUCCCACGCCUAGAACUGUGUGCGGCUUUGCUAGCUGUUGAGAUGUAUGAACUGAUCAAAGACGAAAUUGACAUUGAUGUAAAUGCGGCCAAGUUCUACACAGACAGUAAGAUAGUUCUCGGUUACAUCCACAAUGUCACCAAAAGAUUCUGUGUAUGUUGCCAAUAGGGUAACUCGCAUCAGAAAGUCUACCCAUCCAGACCAGUGGUGUUAUGUAAACACUGACAGCAAUCCAGCAGACCAUUAAACCAGGACUAUACUUACUGCGCUCUUGAAGUACACCAGUUGGUUCUCAGGGCCACCUUUCCGGACCCAAACAAACUCAAGUGAACCAGAGAACAUACAUUUUGACAUUAUAGAGCCUCACGCAGACGCAGAGAUUCAAACAGACGUCACUGUCUUCGCCUCUAAGGUUUCUGGAGUUCAACUCAGCGCUCAUCGCUUUGAGAGGUUCUCAAGCUGGAAAGCUCUCAAUCGAGCCACAGCACGACUCAUUCAUGUUCCCAGAUCCUUCCACAAAGGUGUGGACAACACCAGCUGCAGAGGCUGGCAUGACUGUAAUAAACCAUGCGGUACAAGUGAGUUGUCACAAGCCAAAACAGCAAUCAUUCACUGUGUGCAACAUGAAGCCUUCAGAGAGGAAUUAAAAUGCCUUGAAAAAGGAAAAGUUCCCAAAACAAAGUACACUCAAAAAGCUGAACCCAGUGAUUGAUGAUGGGUUGCGGAGUGUGGGAGGCUGCUUAUCCUCCGCCGACAUGUCACAAGACGACAAACAUCCUCAUCAUCAUCCCACAGACACAUCAUGUCACCACUCUGCUGGUAAGACAUUAUCACGAGCAAGUGGCUCACCAGGGCCGUCAUUUUUCAGACAGACUCACAUCUGAACCACCAUUCACCAGCGUUGGACUUGAUGUGUUCGGACCAUGGAAUGUCAUAACUCGUCGCACUAGAGGUGGUAGCGCAGACUCCAAGCGAUGGGCGGUGCUCUUUACAUGUAUGUCUACUAGAGCAGUCCAUAUCGAGCUUAUCGAAUCCAUGUCCACAUCCAGCUUCAUCAACGCGCUGAGGCGCUUUUUUCUCUAUCCGUGGUCCAGCAAAAGUGCUACGGUCUGAUCGAGGUACUAACUUUAUAGGUGCCUGCAGGGAACUGGGUAUCGACACAAAUGACUCAGAGAACUGACUAAAUACCUCUCAGAUAAGGGAUGUACUUGGGUAUUUAAUCCUCCACACUCGUCUCAUAUGGGUGGUUCUUGGGAGAGACUCAUUGUGGUUGCCAGACGUAUUCUUGAUGCUUAUGCUGUUUCAGACGGGCUCCACUCGUCUCACACGAGGUCUUGAGCACUCUUAUGUCUGAAGUUAUGGCAAUAAUCAAUGCGAGACCCCUAGUGUCAGUAUCAACCGACCCUGACAUGUCUGCCAUUCUCACACCCUCAAUGUUACUGACACAAAAGACCAGCACUUCCUCAGCCCCUUCCGGAUACUUCAGCAUGAACGACCUUCAUGGAAAACAGUGGAAGCAAGGCAGUGUCUCGCUGACACCUUUUGGAAAAGGUGGAGACAGGAGUACCUGACAACGCUGCAGAGACGCAGAAAAUGGACAGCAGAAAAGCCAAAUGUAAAAGUGGGAGAUGUUGUCUUAUUGAAAGACAGUCAGGCACACAGAAAUGACUGGCCGGUCGGGCUUGUGGUCAAAACCAUUCCCAGUACUGACAAAAAGGUUAGGAAAGUAGAACUAAAAAUUGUCAAGCAAGGAGCUGCUAAGGUGUUUCUGAGACCAAUCUCAGAGAUUGUUGUUGUUCUUUCUGAAGCAUCCUAGAGACAAAAGAUAAUAAUUCAAAGGACAUUAUUUGUUUCUUGAUAUGUUUUAUUUCAUAGUGGCACAAUUUCAUUAUACCAGGCGGGGAGUGUGCUAGGGGUUAAGGUUAGGGUUAGGGGUUAAAGUUAGUGUUAGUGUGCUGCCAUCCUGUUAGAAUGUAACCGAUUAUUUUAUUACAAUGGUUCAAAUGUAUUUUCAUUGUGUUCCAUGGUGUUAUUCGCCCCCUAGUGGAGCUUUCUGGUACUUAGAAAGACUACGCAAACAGGAAGUAGAGAAUUUGUUCUGCACGCAUAGAAGCUACUAAGAACAACACUAUGGUGCCGGUCUUUCGGUGUAGUUAUUUCUUGUCACGCUUCAGCCUUGGAAAAUAUUUGUUUGAUGGAAUCCACAGCAUGGAAUACCACCACCUACUUCUCUACCGACUCAUCCGCUCCCAACCCCUCCAUCCCUUAUUCUGUUGGAAUCUCCUUUCUCCUGGUUGCUAUGGCCUUGGGUCUCCCCGGAAACCUCCUAGUGGUUUGGACCAUACUAUUCCGCCUGAGUCGCCGUUCCAUCACGUCCCUCUUCAUCCUCCAGCUAGCGGCCGCUGACGCACUCGUGCUGCUCUCCGCACCCUUCUUUAUUCACCAGCUCUUCAAGGCCAGAGUCUGGGAGUUUGGAGAGAUAAUGUGUAAGCUCCUGCAUUAUGUCUGUGGCAUCAACAUGUACCUCAGCAUCCUAUUGAUUACCUUGAUGGGGGUCGACAGACUCCAUGGCGUGCUACGCCCUUUCUGGUCCCAGCGCGUCCGGACGAAGUCGAGGCUCUUUCCUAUCAUGGGUGUGGUGUGGGCGCUGGCUACGGUGCUGCCCACUCCUCAGCUUGUGUACCGCCAGGUCCGAAAGGGGGAGUGUACCACGCAUCACCCCGGGCCCGCCCACCAGGUGUUCCACUAUUCCCUAGAAACAGUUACUGCGUUCCUGGUCCCCUUCAGCAUCAUGACGUUCUGCUACUUACGCAUCGCUCAUGCCUUAGCAUCCAGCCGUGCCCACUGGCACCACCGCUCCUACAGGAAGACCAACCGCCUCAUCACACUGAUAGUCGUGACUUUCGCCCUCUUGUGGGCUCCGUACCACCUGGUCAACAUCCUGCAAGUGGGGGCCGUUCUCUCCGGGUCUUCCACGGAUUUGCUGGGGUUCUGUCUGAGAGCUAGGACAGUGGUCAUAGCUGUAGCUUACCUCAGCAGUGCUGUCAACCCUCUGCUCUAUACCAUGGCUGGCUCCUGCUCUGGCUCCUCCCUCACAAUCUAUGGCUCCUCCUCCAGGUGUUUUGGGGGCGUGGCACAGCUGCUUGAGGGGACGGCCACCAACAUGGACAUGCCCAGCGUGAGAGCAAAGCAUGAUGGUAGCGGUAGAGAGAAAGAGAAGGAGGACUGGGGAGGUGGGAAACCAGAGGGAGAGGUUGAAGAGAUGACAAUGGUUCCAGGGAAAAGAGAGGUGGAGGACGAGGAGGCAGAACAAGAAAAAGAGAUGACAAUAGUUCCAGGAAAAAAGGAGGAAGAGGAGGGAAACUAAUUCCCUGAAGGCAAAGAAAUGACUGGACUGAUUGUGAAAGUCCUGCAUGCUAUUGCUUGCCAGUCGGUCAUGACUCUUCUGAUAGCUGUCUUGUUGUGAAUGUCGAUCUCACCUCUAAGAGUUUCCUAAUCAAUCAACGGCAGCCAUAUCUUCUCUGAGAAAAGUGUUUUUAAUUUUUUUGCACUGGCACAAACACAACAUGUCUUAAUGCUUUUGAUCAAAUAAAUGUGGUAAACAAUUAUACAAA